AUCGCUCACACUAAACAGUGUUUAAUCACGUCUAGUGCACACUGGUCGUUAUCAUCAGCUUCCAGCUCGCAGGUUAAAGAUUGUUUUGUGGUUAUUAUUACACAUGUUAUUUUCAAAUUCAUUUGAUUUAUAGGCAAUUUACACAAAAAGUCGUACAGUAUCUGUGUAUGAGCUGUGUUUUAACUUUUUAUACGAAGAACCAAGUGACCCAGGAUGAACUUCCGGACUCGCCUUCUAAGGUCAGGGCUGCGUCUGACGUGCAGGCAUGAGCGUCUUCUGAGCGUUUCGAAACACGUCAUUAAGUCGCCGUUACCUGACGUCACUUUACCGACCGUAUCUUUGUCAGAUUAUGUGUGGCAACGGGUCGACCAGUGGCCGAACAAAGUGGCCUUCGAAUGCGGCGUGACAGGCCGUCGCUAUAGGUACGCCGAGGCGCGCGACCUCUGUCGGCGUUUUGCCGCAUCUCUGCGCCGAGCAGGUCUGCAACCAGGCAACACACUCACCAUAGUGAUGCCCAACACAGCGGAGUGGCCGAUCGUAUGUCUGGGUGCUGUGGAGGCAGGACUUGUCGUCUCUACUGUCAACCCGCACUCCACCGCCGAGGAGAUCACACGGCAAUUGAGGGACUGCGAUCCACGAGCAAUAGUGACUCUGUCCGCCAUUCACAGCACAGUCCAGGAAGCCGUCACACUGGCUGGCACACAAGUGAAACCGCUCAUCGUCAUCGCUCCGGGAAUCGAACCUGGGUCUGACAUUCCUACUGGAACUGUUGACUUGGCACAGAUGCUUCAAGACGGCGUCGAUACUUCAGGGGUGGGUUUUGAUGUUAACAUUGAAGACACUGUAAUGCUGCCGUACUCCAGUGGGACAACAGGGCUGCCCAAAGGAGUAAUGCUGAGCCACAGAAAUGUAGUUUCCCACAUCGCACAAAACAACGAUCGGCAAGAGAUCUGUAUCAGCGAGCCUGCCCUAGGUUCCCACCAGGAAGUGACGCCUGUGGUUCUGCCAUUGUUCCACGUCUUCGCCCUACACAUGGUGCUUCUACCUAAAAUAACCCACGGUGCCAAGUUCGUCAUGCUGCCUAGAUUUGAACCCGGCCCUUUCUUCAAACUGCUAGACGAACAUCAGGUGACUGUGAUGCAUCUGGUGCCACCACUUGUGAUGUUUCUGGCUUCGCACCCCGGCGUCAGACCGAAGCACUUUCAAUCACUACGAUAUAUCCUUUGUGGGGCGGCUCCUAUAGGUCGCCUCGACGUGGAGCGACUUUUGAAGAGGGUGCCACCAACUACCAACUUCCUUCAAGCUUACGGAAUGACGGAGACGUUGCUGGCUACCUCGCAGACGACCAACGGCAGUAACAAUUGCGACUCGAUCGGCGUGCCGGUCCCCAACACAGAGAUGAAAAUUGUAGACGUGGAGACAAUAACUAACCUGGCUCACGGGGAAAUGGGCGAGAUCUGCAUCCGCGGACCGCAGGUUAUGAAGGGUUACCUAAAUCAACCACAGGUGACCUCAGAGACAAUCGAUACUGACGGCUGGGUACACAGUGGCGACCUGGGCCACUACGACGAGAACGGUCAUUUCUAUGUCGCGGACAGACUGAAGGAACUCAUCAAAGUGAAGGGCUAUCAGGUACCGCCAGCAGAACUGGAGGAGAUUCUGCGCAGUCAUCCUGACAUUGAAGAUGCAGCA